AUGGGGCCCCCCGCCUGUGGGCAGCCCCAGCAGCUGAGCCGGAUCGUGGGCGGCCAGGACAGUGUGGACGCCGAGUGGCCGUGGAUCGUGAGCAUCCAGAAGAAUGGCACCCACCACUGCGCCGGCUCCUUGCUCACCAGCCGCUGGGUGGUCACCGCCGCCCACUGCUUCAAGGGCCACCUGAGCAAGCCGUUCCUGUUCUCCGUGCUGCUGGGGGCCUGGCAGUUGGGCAGGCCAGGCCCUCGGUCCCAGCAGGUGGGGGUGGCCCGGGUGCUGCCCCACCCCGUGUACUCCUGGAAGGAGGGUGCCCGUGCUGACAUCGCACUGGCACGCCUUGAGCGGCCUGUGCUGUUCUCCGAACGAGUCCUGCCCAUCUGCUUGCCAGACACCUCCGUCCGCCUCCCCGCAGACACAGACUGCUGGAUUGCAGGCUGGGGGAGCAUCCGGGAAGGAGUGCCCCUGCCCCACCCGCAGAUCCUGCAGAAGCUCAGGGUGCCCAUCAUCGACUCGGAAGUCUGCAGCCGCCUGUACUGGCGGGGUGCUGGGCAGGGCACCAUCACUGAGGACAUGCUGUGCGCAGGCUACCUGGAGGGGGAGCGGGAUGCAUGUCUGGGUGACUCCGGGGGCCCUCUCAUGUGCCAGGUGGAGAAUGCCUGGGUGCUGGCCGGCAUCAUCAGCUGGGGAGAGGGCUGUGCGGAGCGCGACCGCCCGGGCGUCUACACCAGCCUCCUUGCACACCGCUCCUGGGUGGAGAGGAUUGUGCCGGGCGUGCAGCUCCGCGGGCGCUCGUCCGGGCUGCGUGGAGCGCCAGGCCCGGGCUCCGUGGGCCACUGAGCGGAGCCCUGCUGGAAACACUCCGUCUACCUCUGGGGGCG